GACAUUUACGCCACCUCCAAGGAGUCACAGUGGGCCGCUCUCAAAAUGAUCAUGGCUGAACGGGCAGCUGACUGUCUAGCCAAGUUGGGUCUCGAUGGCUCGUUUUUUGCUUUUAGGUGUCGUAGUUUAAGAGAACGAACAGGUGUUGAUCACCGACUGGAAAGACUUCCGAGUGGACCGAUUCACAAAACUCCGCUCUAUACCGUCAUCACCGGCGUGAACACCAAUAAAAGUAGACCUGUUGAAAUUCUGGAUUUCGCUGACCACGUUCGCAUGAUGGCUGUUGAUUCUGGUUUUCGAUUCUCCGAGGAGUACGAGGUGAUUAAGGACUUCUUUUCCAAUUCCAAAGUUUCUGUACCAGUCGAUUUUUCUUCUCGUUGUUGUGGUAUCCUAAGAAACGUCGGUUGUGGACAAACGUAUAAUGCUGCUGAAUUGCCGUCGAAUAAAUCUAAGAACAGAUUCACCAACAUUCUCCCAUAUGACCACUCUCGAGUCAGGCUACUACAAAUCACGGAUCAAGAAGGUGCCGACUAUGUGAACGCCAACUAUAUACCGGGAUUCUCCUCUCGCCGUGAGUUCAUAGCUGCCCAGGGACCCUUGCCCACAACAAGAGAUGCCUUUUGGCAGAUGGCUUGGGAACAAGGCUGUCCAGCAAUCAUUGCCCUUACGAAGUGUGUGGAGAAAGGACGCGAUAAAUGCCACCAGUAUUGGCCAGACAACGAGCAUUCCACUGUCGUCUAUGGAGAUAUCGAGGCACUAUACGUCGUUCAGGUGACGAUGCUGAACGAAUCAUCGUUUGAUGAGUUUAGCAUUAGAGAGCUUCGUUUGCGACGUGUACACAGUCAGACACAAUCCUGGAUUCUACAACAGUUCCACUACAUGGCUUGGCCCGACUUUGGAGUACCAGAACAUCCGCAAGGAAUCAUUCGGUUCGCCAUGAUGUACCGUUCAAGAAUACCUCAUUCUGCUCAGAAUAAGCCAACAAUUGUUCACUGCAGUGCCGGUGUAGGGAGAUCGGGUACAUUCAUCGCGAUCGACCGGCUUCUUCAGACUAUACAAAUUGAACGACCUAUUGACAUCUUCGGCAUUGUGCAUGAGAUGCGACUGGAACGCUGCCACAUGGUUCAAAACGAGGUGGAAUUUUGA